GUACGACCGGUUGCUGCGGAUCCGAGCGCUGAGGUGGGAGUAUGGCAGCGUCCUGCCAAACACCAUCCAGUUUCACAUGUCAGCUGAGGAAGUGGAGUGGUUCAAUCGGUACAAAAAGUCUCUGGCUACCUACAUGAGAUCAGUAGGAGGAGAGGAAGGGCUGGACCUUACACAGGACAUAAAACCUCCUAAAAGCCUCUACAUCGAAGUGCGGUGUUUAAGAGACUAUGGAGAAUUUGAGAUAGAUGAUGGUACCACCGUCCUGUUGAAGAAGAAUAGCCAGCACUUCUUACCCCGCUGGAAAUGCGAGCAGUUAAUUAGACAAGGAGUCCUCGAGCACAUUCUGUCGUAA